GCCGUCGAAGCUGGGCCAAAUCGGACCGCAGUUUUGCAACAAGUCUGCCGUCUACAACGAGUCAACCGUGGAGGAUUUGCGCCUGACCUUGGACGAGUACUGGGCGGACAUAGAGGGCACAGGCGACGAGCGCUUCUGGGAGCACGAGUGGCUGAAGCACGGCACAUGCGCGAUGACUGAUCGCCUGCUGCGCACCGAACGCUCCUACUUCGAACAGGGCCUCGCCUGGAACAAGCAGUACAACGUGAAUGACAUGCUUAACGCCGCACAAGUGCGUCCCGGCGACAACAACCAGGCCUACAAUGUCACCGUCAUCGCCGACGCCAUACAAACCGCUACCGGCAAGGCGCCCCGCAUUCAGUGCAUUCAUGAUGUGAAAACCGGGCUGCCAUUCCUGUUUGAGGUGCGCAUCUGUUUUGACAAGAACCUGACACUGACCGACUGCUUUGGAACCCGGGCGAGCGACACGUGGAUGUACACAGCCGGCUCCACCCACAGGUGGCGUGGCGGAGGCGGCAUGGAGGUGAAAGAGUCCGCCAAAGUGGUGACCAACUGCCCGAUGGACAAGCCCAUCAUGUACCCUGGCAGUGUGCCGUCGCCCCACCGCAGGCGUGCCCUCUUUGAAGACGACCAGCCCCAAUUCUUCCUUGUCAGGUUUUACAAAACGUUGAAACUGCUUAUCUGGGCUACAUUAUAAGACAAUCUAACGUGUUCUAAACAUAUCUGGAGCUGUAUUCAGGAAUUUGAACAUGCGACUAUUUUAUGCUGGGUUGUGUCAACCGGGAUUAGCCGUGCGAUUAGUUGUGGUCCCUGGCCCCUCAAACGGUGAAAGCGAGCUGGUAUAGAUGGUACAGUCUCAAGAGUAAGGAUAAAAUUGCAGCGGCGUAAAGACAGCCGUGACUGAACCAUCCAUAGUAGUGUGACGGAAUUUUGUUUCUUGUACAUAUCAUUCCUUCUAUCUCUGCGUGCGCACUGUCCAAAGAUUAAUUGAGAAUAGAAUAGUAAAAUUACUUGAUGAUGGGAGGCAGGAAGUAGACUGAUCCAUGACCUCACCACAAACUUUUCAGUGAUCUAUCGCAUAUGGAGAUGGAAAGCCAGGACUCACAACUAAUUUUGUUUGAUG